GUGAUACACACUCUUAUCAGGAUCAUUAAUAUUUAGAUUGCAGGUCUGUAAGCCCUUGAGGUCAGAUUUAAAGGAAUCCACUUUCUGAGCUUACGAAAAGACAAACUCUUUUACAAGGUGGUGGUCCAGACGGUAUGUCCACGUCCACACAACACUCUAAUCGAAAAAAACAAAAUACCUGUGUGUGAGAUUGCAGGUCGGUAAGUCCUUGAGGUCAGAUUUAAAGGAAUCCACUUUCUGAGCUUACGAAAAGACAACCUCUUUUACAAGGUGGUGGUCCAGUACGUCCACACAACACGCUAAUCGAAAGCAAAGGAUGAAGAAAACAGUAAAGAUUUUACAUGUUUUGGGUUCACCCUCGGAUGAAUUCAGCUUCAAGUUAAACAUGCUGUAUGGGGGUUCGUUUCCUGAGGAACUCUAUUCUCCAAAACAUGAUUAUUGUUUUGUUUACGCCCUCGUGCGACCAGCUGGUUCCUGGUCAUUUGCGGAAAGACUUUCUGAUAUCGUGGAUUUGACCAAAUUGGAGGAAAGAGGAAACAGUCUCAAGAAGAUGGACAUCACUGCCGCCUUGCAGCACAUAAAACAUAUGAUACAACCAGAUAUGGCUCUAUUCCAUUUUGUUUGUUUAAAAGGAAUGACAACUUACAGGGCGCUCUUUGAUGCAUUGGAUAUUCCAUUAGUGGGUGGAUCAGUGGAAUCGCGAUAUCUUUCCAUGGACAAACUCAUUACACGCGGUGUUUUGGUCUCUUGCGGCGAUGUUUCAUGCCCUGAUGGAUUUAUUUACCACAAAGGUGACCCUCUAAAGUCUGAACAAGUUAGGUAUCCAUGUGUUGUCAAAGCAAGUCAAGGAGAAGACACCAAAGCAGUGCGAUUAGUGAAAGACUCCAAAUUGCUUAACGCAGCUAUUGAGCAUGCGUUAUCGUAUUCAGACCAUGUGAUCAUUGAAAGUUACAUAGAGGGACGGGAAAUUCGCUGUGCUGUUGUUGAAUCAGCAGCAAAUGGAGAAUUAAAAGCUUUGUCGUGCAUCGAGUAUAAAGUACGGGAAAAUGACAUUCGAAGAACCGAAGACAAGCUCAGCUGCAAUGAAAAAGGAUUACCUGUUGGCAAAUCUCCAGAAACUAAAACAUGGUUCCUUGAUCCCAGAAAAGAGGAGAAGCUAAUUCAUCGUAUUCAACAACAAAGUUGCCGAGCUUUUCGAGAGUUAGGUUUACAGGAUUUUGGUGUAUUCGACUUCCGAGUCGACAUUGAAGGAAAUCCAUUCCUCUUAGAAUGCAAUUUAUUCUGUUCCUUUGGUCCACAGAGCGUUGUCAAUAUAAUUGCCAAGGAUUCAGGUUUUACAGAUGAAAGUUUGUUUGACAUGAUGGUGGAGAAUACUUUGCUGCGCAAGCGUCAACAAGAGAAUAACAAUUUUAAUCUGUGAUAAAGUCAAGGAAAUGACGACACUAACAAAAUGUUGAGGAGGAGAGACUCAGAAAAGAUGCUUCCCUAGGACAAAGACCUUCUUUGCCUGUGGAGGAUAUUAUUCAUCUGCUGUCUUUUUGCCUCAAAACCACGCAGUUUGCAUGCAACAGAACCUUCUAUAAACAGGUUUUUGGUACAGCUAUGAGUUCACCCGUCUCUGCAGUCAUUGCCAACAUGAAGGGCCCUAGCCACUUCACCGGUUAAACCCUUUUUCUGGAAACGAUAUGUCGAUGCGAGCGAAGUUACUUCCGUAUGAAGCGGAAGCACUUUUGUAUGGAGCGAAGUAACUUUUUUUGUGGAGCGAUCCAACUUCUGGCUAAAGCGGACUGACUCGGAGCGAUAUAACCAUGGAGCGAAGUGACUGGAUACCCGUAAUAAGAAUAACUUUAUCUGUAAUAGUGUAGUUUGAUCGUCCGGGUGAGUGUAGUCCUGAGAAGGACUGUUGUCGGUAGUGGUGACUGACGUUUCGACAACCUGAGCGGAAGUCAUCAUCAGAGUCAAGUGAAAGGUUCAGUCGUUUAAAAGCUCCCUUUCCGCUUAAUGAUCAAAAUUUUAAAAGUAAAUUAAGUAACCCAAGUCAUUAGUUUGUAUGCUAUUUCCGCUCAUGCGCUAAUUUUCCUUCUGUGAUACCUUGGAACGCCGGAUGUACUCUGCUAAAUAGUAGACGCGCUUACUCAGCUAUUUCAAUGCUUGCACAAUCAUUGAAAAUAACCAGUCAUUCUUAACUUGCUUUUUAAUACUGUUAUCAUAAACUUUGAUGAAGAGGUUGGAAGAGUGAAAACCAAACUUUUCCAGGAGAAAAAAAAAAAAAUUUAUCCAUGUCAUUUGUUACCCUUCCAGAUAAAAUGUAAAUUUCACACUGGUCUUUAAAGAAUAUUGGCCCCUAUGAUUACAGUAUGUUCUAGUGUCUUUACCUUUCUCUAACAAAUGCCACCUAUAUGUAAUUUCUGCAAGUGCCAUGUUUUAA